GAACGAAAUGCAGUAUCCAUCCAACAGCUACAGGCAAACAAAUCCCUCAAGUUCAAUCUUCGGUUCUCAGAAUUUCCAACCUAAUCCCAUCAACUGCUUCAUUACUCCUCGCAGCAAUGCCUUCCAAUCCAUUGAGCAGCAUGUACCGGGCCAUCCGCUCCAAGUCCCCUAAGAACAUCAACAAGGAAGACUCUAAGCAAGUCAAAGAACAGACAGUCUCAAGACAAUUUGCUCGAGACGACUCUGCUUCGGUGCUCAGUGAAGCUACAACCCUUGCUCCUCGCAGAGAUGAACAAUCUUCCAAAAAAGGCGCCAUUCAGGAUCAAGAGGAGAUUGACUACAACUCUGUCCGCUACACAAUGCGAGGAAUGGGGAGCCGCUGUUAAUUCCGCGUCGCUCCCGGUGCGCACCGCUAGCUGCACGUUAUAGCGCUUUUCACGAGAGAUGACCACUUGAUGUCAAGAUUGUACGGCAAUGGCCUGGCGAAGGAGGAUAUACACAAAGACUUGGUGUCAUGGGGAUACGGCGCGAUUGUUGUCUGGGAUCUGUCAUGGAGGACAUGUACUAAUGCAUAAUAUGGCACCAUAAAGUGCCCAAAUAUACGCAAAAUGGAACACCAA